AUAACACCUUUUAAUUACUUUUUCCUAUUUUAUAGAAACAAUUAUUACUCAACAAGCUACUAUUUCCCAUCUUCUUCAUUAUCAUAAUCAGCUUUGAAUGCAUGAUACAAAAUUUUGUCUCUUUCACAUCGACAAAAACCUUCAUUACAUCAAUCAAGAGGUGACAUGAUUCUGAUCUCGACCAAGGCCAGAACAUAAUCACAAUAGAAUGCAAGGAACAUCUGUGAAUAUAAUAGUAGGUUCUCAAAUUUGGAUUGAGGAUUCAUCACUUGCUUGGAUCGAUGGGCGUGUUUCAAAGAUCAAUGGUGAAGAAGUUCAUGUCGACACAAGUGAUGGGAGACAGGUGGUUGCAAAUUUAUCAAAAAUAUAUCCCAAAGACGAGGAUGCACCUGCGGGAGGAGUAGACGACAUGACCAAGCUAUCCUAUCUUCAUGAACCUGGAGUGUUGCAAAAUUUGAAAACCAGAUACCAACUAAAUGAAAUUUAUACAUAUACUGGGAGCAUACUAAUAGCAAUAAACCCAUUCCAAAAACUGCCACAUAUAUACGAUGUCCACAUGAUGGAACAAUACAAAGGAGCCCCUCUUGGAGAACUUAGUCCCCAUGUUUUUGCUAUUGCUGAUGUUGCUUUCAGGGCAAUGCUUAACGAGGGGAAAAGCAACUCAAUUUUGGUUAGCGGGGAGAGUGGGGCUGGUAAGACCGAAACAACCAAAAUGCUUAUGCGCUACCUUGCAUAUUUGGGGGGCCGCAAAGGUACUGAAGGUCGCACCGUCGAACAACAAGUCUUGGAGUCAAAUCCAGUCCUUGAAGCAUUUGGUAAUGCAAAGACUGUUCGAAACAACAAUUCCAGUCGUUUCGGAAAAUUUGUUGAGAUUCAAUUCGACAAGAAUGCAAAAAUAUCGGGAGCAGCUAUUAGAACUUAUCUCCUCGAGAGAUCUCGUGUUUGCCAGGUUUCAGACCCUGAGAGGAACUACCAUUGUUUCUACCUUCUCUGUGCAGCUCCGCCGGAGGAAAUUGAAAAAUACAAGCUAGGGGAGCCUAAGUCCUUUCAUUACUUGAAUCAGUCAAGUUGCUAUGAGCUGGUCGGGGUCAGUGAUGCUCAUGAUUAUCUUGCAACACGAAGAGCUAUGGAUGUUGUUGGAAUCAGUGAUACCCAUCAAGAAGCAAUAUUUAGAGUUGUGGCUGCCAUUCUUCAUCUCGGAAAUAUUGCAUUCUCAAAGGGAAAAGAAAUUGAUUCAUCUGUUCUUAAAGAUGACAAAUCAAAGUUUCAUCUCAAAACAACAGCAGAGCUUCUAAUGUGUGACUCUGAUGCAUUAGAAGAUGCAUUAUUAAAGCGUGUGAUGGUCACCCCUGAAGAGGUUAUUAAAAGAAGUCUUGAUCCUGAGAAUGCAGCAGUCAGUAGAGAUGGUUUAGCUAAGACUAUAUAUUGUCGCUUAUUUGACUGGUUGGUAGACAAAAUAAACAGUUCGAUUGGUCAAGAUCCAAACUCAAAGUCACUUAUUGGAGUUCUUGACAUUUAUGGUUUUGAAAGUUUUAAAAGCAAUAGUUUUGAACAGUUUUGCAUUAAUUUUACAAAUGAGAAGCUGCAACAGCAUUUUAACCAGCACGUGUUCAAGAUGGAACAAGAGGAAUAUACAAAAGAAGAAAUUGAUUGGAGCUAUAUUGAGUUUGUUGAUAACCAAGAUGUCCUAGAUCUGAUUGAAAAGAAACCUGGGGGUGUCAUUGCUCUUCUUGAUGAAGCCUGUAUGUUUCCCAAGUCAACUCAUGAAACUUUCGCUCAAAAGCUUUAUCAGACAUUCAAGAACCACAAGCGCUUUGUCAAACCAAAACUGUCUCGUACUGACUUCGCAAUUGCUCAUUAUGCUGGAGAGGUUCUAUACCAAUCUGAUCAGUUUUUGGACAAGAACAAAGACUAUGUUGUUCCUGAGCAUCAAGAUUUGUUAAGUGGCUCUAGAUGCUCAUUUGUAGCUGGACUUUUCCCUCCUAUUCCCGAUGAGACAAACAAAUCAUCCAAAUCUUCAAAGUUUUCAUCAAUUGGCUCUCGUUUUAAGCUACAACUCCAACAAUUGUUGGAGACUCUGAGCUCCACCGAACCUCAUUACAUCAGAUGUGUGAAGCCAAACAAUCUUCUAAAACCCUCCAUCUUUGAGAAUGUCAACAUCUUGCAGCAACUGCGUUGUGGCGGAGUCCUCGAGGCGAUUAGAAUUAGUUGCGCUGGCUACCCUACUCGUAAGACCUUUUUUGAAUUUCUUAACCGUUUCGGUCUUCUUGCUCCCGAGGUAUUGGAAGGAAGUUAUGAUGAAAAAGUUGCAUGCAAAGCUAUUUUGGAUAAGAUGGGGCUUGCAGGUUCUCAGAUUGGUAAGACAAAAGUUUUCCUGCGAGCUGGUCAGAUGGCUGAGCUUGAUUCUAGGAGGGCACAAAAGCUAAACAAUGCAGCCAAGACAAUUCAAAGGAAAACUAGAACUCAUAUUGCCCGGAAAUACUUUCUUGCCUUACAAGAGGCUGCAGUAUCUAUGCAAUCUGCAUGUCGAGCCUGGAUCGCUUGCAAAUUGUUUGAACAUAUGCAAAGGGUUUCUGCUUCUCUUAAGAUACAGAAAAAAUUGCGUGGACGCAUGGCCUGGAAGUCAUACAAGAAUCUUCAGUAUGCAGUAAUUACUGUUCAGACAGGGAUGCGGGCAAUGGCGGCCCGCAAUAGUUUCAGAUACAAAAACCAAAACAAGGCGGCAACUAUGAUACAAGCACAUUGGCAUGGUCAUAGAGCUUUCUCAUACUACAAGAAACUCAUAAGGGCAUCAAUUGUAACACAGUGCAGAUGGAGGGGAAGGGUUGCAAGGAGAGAGCUUCGAAAACUAAAGAUGGCUUCAAGAGAAACGGGGGCACUUAAAGAAGCAAAGGAUAAGCUUGAAAAAAUGGUUGAAGAACUUACCUGGCGUGUCCAGCUGGAGAAAAGGCUAAGGACAGAUUUGGAAGAGGCAAAAGGCCAAGAAAUUGCAAAGUUGCAGAGUUCCUUACAAGCGUCGCAAAGCAAAGUGGAAGAAACAAAUGCACUGUUAAUCAGUGAACGGGAAGCGGCUAAGAAAGCUAUUGAAGAAGCGUCUUCAAUUGUCAAAGAGACACCUGUACCCGUUGAAGAUACAGAAAAAAUUGAUUCCUUAACUGCAGAAGUUGAAAAUUUGAAGGUUCAAUUGCAAUCCGCAAAACAAAGGGGAGAUGAUUCUGAAAGUAAAUGCGUAGAAUUGUUGAAAUCAAGUGAAGAAAAGGAUCUAAAGUUGGAAGAAACUGAAAAAAGAGUUCAACAACUUCAGGAGUCAGUCACAAGGCUUGAAGAGAAGAUGGCCAACCUUGAGUCGGAAAAUAAAGUCCUUCGUCAACAAGCUUUAGCAAUGGCACAAAGUACGAAAUUGCAAUCAGUGCGGUCAAGGUCAAUCAUUCAGAGAACUGAAAGCACAAAAAGUACCAUUAGCACAUCAGAUCUUCACAGUCAUUCACUAAAUGCAAGAGAUGGUCAUGAGGUUGAGGGAAGACCUCAAAAAUCCCUCAACGAGAAACAACAAGAGUAUCAAGACUUGCUCAUCCGCUGUGUUGCUCAGCAUUUGGGCUUUUCUAAGGGAAGGCCUGUUGCUGCAUGCAUAAUCUACAAAUGUCUUAGGCAAUGGCGGUCUUUUGAAGUUGAGAGGACCAGCAUCUUUGACCGGAUAAUACAGACCAUCGGCCAAGCUAUUGAGAAAACCCAGGAUAACAAUGAUAUAUUAGCUUAUUGGUUGUCAAAUGCAUCAACUUUGCUGCUUCUGCUUCAACGUACAUUGAAAGCUAGUGGGGCUGCUGGGAUGGCUCCACAGCAUCGACGAUCAUCAUCCGCAACUCUUUUUGGGAGAAUGACACAGAGUUUUCGUGGAACUCCUCAAGGGGUGAAUCUUUCUCUCAUUGAUGGUGAUUCACCAGGUGGGGUGGAUACCUUACGCCAAGUUGAAGCCAAAUAUCCCGCUCUUCUAUUCAAGCAGCAGCUAACAGCUUAUGUGGAAAAGAUUUAUGGAAUGAUCCGUGAUAAUCUGAAGAAAGAGAUCUCUCCCAUGCUUGGGUUAUGCAUCCAGGCACCAAGGAUAUCAAGGGCAAGCUUGAUUAAAGGGACAGCACGUACCCUUGCAAAUGCUGCUGCUCAAGAGAUUCUGAUUGCUCACUGGCAAGGAAUUGUCAAAAGCCUUUCCAAUUUUCUGGACAUGUUGAAAGCCAAUCAUGUACCUCCAUUUUUAGUUCGCAAAGUAUUUACACAAGUGUUCUCGUUCGUCAAUGUCCAACUGUUCAACAGCCUCUUACUAAGACGAGAAUGCUGCUCAUUUAGCAACGGUGAGUAUGUUAAGGCCGGGCUUGCUGAGCUUGAACAUUGGUGCUAUAAAGCAACUGAUGAGUAUGCAGGUUCAGCAUGGGAAGAGCUCAAACACAUAAGGCAAGCAAUAGGAUUUCUGGUCAUUCACCAGAAACCGAAGAAGACACUUGAUGAGAUAAGCCAUGAUUUAUGCCCUGUGCUUAGUGUUCAACAGUUGUACAGAAUCAGUACAAUGUACUGGGAUGACAAAUAUGGCACUCACAGUCUUUCACCCGAAGUUAUAUCCAAUAUGAGAGGUAUAAUGACCGAAGAUUCAAACAAUGCUGUCAGCAGUUCUUUUCUGCUAGAUGAUGAUUCGAGCAUACCAUUCUCAGUGGACGAUCUAUCGAAGCCAAUGGAGCAGAUUGAUAUCUCAGAUAUAGAACCGCCACCGCUUAUUCGUGAAAAUUCAGGAUUUAGUUUCUUAUUACCACGUGCAGAUUGAUAGAUUUCAGUUGAUCUUUAGCAGUUCACUGACAACAGUUGAAUAGAAGCCCAUCAGCUGGCAAGCUUGCAGACAAGUUUUUUGGUUUUCCUUCAAUGUUUUUUUGGUUCCCUCUUUUUAGUUGUUUUUUUUUCUGGCAAGCUUAGCGUUGUGUAGUGAUAGAGAGAAGGAAAACAUAGAACUAAAGAGAACUGGGUUGUUUAGACGCACAAUAUAGCAGAAGGUAGAUGAUUGAUCAUUGUAUUGAUUAUCAUGGUAAUUUGAUGUAUACCAAGAACUCCAUAUAUCGUUGUUGACUUCAUGAACAUAUAAUAGCAAGAAACAAAGUCCUUUCAUUUCUACCCAUACAUCAAGUGGACGGUUGAUAACGGGGAUUUAUACUGCGGGAUGGUGUUUUCACGUUGUCCCCAUCCCAAAACGCACACGAGUUCGUAUAUCGUACAACUGGUUGUAUGGUGUAUAGCAUACAAUAGGGCAUUUUUGUAAUUUUAGGUGAAAAUUGUGGCUUCUAUUAAUUGAGCAAUACUUUUUGUAAAUUCGCUACUUGUUUAAAAAAAACUUUCUGUGUAAUGUUUCAAACUUUCAAUAUAUCAAGUUUUCCUUAA